GAUGACAAUGAAUACAUAUCAUCAUGAUGAUGUUGAUAAAAACAUGGCAUAAAUGCAUUUGAAAAUUUCUUCUUUCAAAUGUUUGCAGAAUAUUCGAUUGAUGUAUAUAAAAGGAUUUGAAUAAGAAAACGACUAUUAAUCAAGGUAUGUUUAAAAAAAAUAAUCAAAUUUGAAAUUCUCAAAUAAAUUAUCUUCAAGCACUACUUGUUUGAUAAUGUUUAAAUCAAUAAUAUCGAUGAAAGAUUUAUAUGUUUACAAAAAAUUUCAUUGUUGAUAUGCAUCAAUGAUCAUUGGAUAUGAUGAAUUUUUUUUCCAACUAAAAUCGAUAAUGGUUUUAUGAUAGUUACGAGGGUGAAGAUAUAUAAUUAUUAAAACAUAUACAUGGAUUGAUGAUGAUGAUGAUGAUUUAGUAGAAAACACUAUUCGAUGAAUUGAUUUGUCAGGAUAUUAUCCAAUUUCAUAAAUUUAUUCAUUUUUUCAUCGAAAAUGUCGUCGUUUUCAAAUUUUCAAUAAAUCAUUUGAGAAUUCUAAAACGAAAUAUUUCUCUUCGAUUAUUUAAUGUUGAUUUCGCAUACAAUUUUGAUUGAUAAUCUGAUAAGAUUACUUCAAAAAUUUUGUUUUCGUUGUUGUUAUUAUUUUGUGUGAUAUAAACAAGAACGAAAAAAAAAAUUUCAUGCUAAACAACUAUGUGGUCUGAGAAAUUUGACGGUAAAAGCCGAUUUUUCCAGGCGGAAAAGUUUUCUCGUAAAUUUGAGAAUAGUUCGACAAAUGAUUCGAAUUUUUCGUUAAAAUUGCGCUAAAAUGAUGGCCGAUCAAAAAUCAUCUCUUCGUUUAAUCAACAAAUUAGAUAAUGAUCUUGUCAAGAAAAUAUGUGCCGGUGAAGCUAUUCACAGACCAUUGAAUGUUGUAAAAGAAUUGAUUGAAAAUAGUCUAGAUGCUGGCUCCACAAUGAUAACAGUUACAUUGAAAGAUGGUGGAUUGGAUCAAAUACAAAUUCAAGAUAAUGGUUGUGGUAUUAAUAAAGAAGACCUUAAGAUUGUUUGUGAUCGAUUUACGACAUCAAAACUCAAAAGUCUUGAUGAUUUCAAUUCUUUAUCCACUUUCGGAUUUCGUGGUGAAGCACUAGCUUCGAUUGCUGUUGCUGCUCAAGUUACCAUUAUAAGCAAAACAGCCGACUCAAUUUGUGCAUACAAAGCCGAAUAUGUUGAUGGUCAUCUGAAAAAUUCAUCAGCCCCCAUUGUUCCAAUUGCAGCCAAUGAUGGUACAAUGAUUCAAGUGGAUAACCUGUUCUACAAUAUGCCAACUAGAAAAGCUGCACUUUCAUCAGAAAAUCAAGAAUAUAAUUUCGUACAAGAUUUAAUUGUCAGAUAUUCACUAAUAUUUUCUGGUAAAUGUGGAUUCAUUUUUAAAAAAUAUAAUGAAAACAGCCAUGUUGUCAAUACAAAAUCAUCGGCCACUCUUUUUCAAAAUAUUGACCAAAUAUUUGGAAAGAAAAUUUCCUCAAAUCUCCUGUCGUUUGAUAUUGAAAAUGAAAAACUUGAGUUCAAAAUCCAUGGUUAUUUUACCAAACAAAAUAUCAGUCUAAAACAAUUCACAUUUAUUUUGGCCAUCAACUCAAGAUUAGUUGAAUGUGAAACGUUGAAAAAAUCGAUUAAAGAUUUGUACAAAGAAUUUUUAAUGACCGAUGGCCAUCCAUUUGUGAUUAUAUGGAUUGAAAUCAAUCCGAAAAAUAUUGAUGUCAAUAUACAUCCGAACAAAAAUGAAGUCUGUUUUCUUCAUGAUGAUGAAAUUAUUUCGAAAAUUAUCGAAUUUAUUCGUGAAAAAUUGGAAAAUAAACUAGAUAAUGAUAUGAUCAAGAAUACAUCUAGUACAAAUAUGGACAUUUCAUUUAUAAGAAAUCAGACCAAUGAUAAGAAACCAAUAGACAAUGAAAAUUCGGCUGGUACUUCGAAAAUUUCCACUUUGAAACUCAAAUUAUCUGAUGCAGCAAAACAGACAAAUUCUCCAUCACAAACGAUCGAUAAUUACCAAAAAUCCUCUCAAACGCUACCAGUCGAUGAAAAAUGCGAAGAUGUCCCAGUAAAAGAAAUCGAAACACUACCACGACCGGCAUCAAAACCAAAAUCGUCCAAUCCAAACCGAAUAUGUCGAAUUGAUUCUACGAUUCAGCGUAUUCAAAGUUAUUUACAACAAGAAGUUUCAGAACUAGGCCCACGACGACGACGACGAAUCGAACUAACGAGCCUAGACAAAUUGAUGAAGGAUCUAAGCUCGACGAUCGAUCUGAACCUAGUCGAAAUGUUAAACGAAUCGAUAUAUGUUGGUUGUCUUGACGAAAAUUUCUUACUUAUUCAACAUGAACUCGAUUUGAUAAUGUUGAAUAUGCCAAAAUUGAAUCGUGAAUUAUUCUAUCAAAUUUAUUUGAUGGGAUUCGGUAAUUUUGAUUAUUUUCGUUUUAAACAACCUUUAUCAAUUCGAACAUUGUUAUCUACAUAUUUCGAAGUGAAUGCACCUGACAUGGACCCCGAUGUUUCUACAGCCACCAUUGAAACAAUGGUAAAAACAAUCGUUUGUAAAAAAGAAAUGCUCGAUGAUUAUUUCUCAAUAAGAAUCAACAAGGAUGAUGCCACCAUUGAAUCGUUGCCCGUAAUGAUUGCGAAGUAUGAGCCAAAUUAUAUCUACCUACCUGAAUUUAUUCAUGGAUUGGCUACGAAUAUCGAUUGGAAUCAUGAAAAAGAAUGCUUCGGAACAUUAGGCCAGGAAUUGGCUAAAUUCUAUAGUUAUGCUCCAUCAAUAUCAAAUACAAACGAUGCUGAAUUUCGUGUAUGGUCUGAUCUUGUCGAAACUCAAAUCUAUCCUAGAUAUAAAAAAUUACUAUCACCAACUAAUCAAUUAUCUGACGGUGCAAUUUAUGUCAUAGCCAAUGUCACUGAACUUUAUAAAGUUUUCGAACGAUGUUGAAAUAAUAACAAGAUUUAUUUAUUUAUUCAUUUAUUUGAUUAAAAUAUGAUUAUAUCGAGAAA